AGCUUCCUUUCUCACAUAUGAAAAGCUUCAACACAGAGCACAAUCCCUCGGCGGUGGAGUCCGGUGACGCCUCCGGGAAUAGAUUCGACGACGAUGGUCGGGAGAAGAGGACGGGGACGUUUAUGACGGCGAGCGCCCACAUAAUUACGGCGGUGAUAGGCUCCGGUGUGUUGUCCUUGUCUUGGGCAAUAGCACAGCUUGGUUGGCUGGCAGGAACCGUAAUUUUGGUCACUUUUGCCAUCAUUAAUUACUACACAUCCACCAUGCUCGCCGACUGUUACCGAUCUCCCGACGCCGUACCGGGAACACGGAAUUAUACUUACAUGGACGUCGUCCGAGCUUACCUUGGUGGUAGGAAAGUGCAGUUAUGUGGAGUGGCACAGUACGGAAGUCUCGUAGGGGUCACUAUUGGUUACACCAUCACUGCCUCCAUAAGCUUAGUAGCGAUCGGAAAAGCAAAUUGUUUUCAUGACAAGGGACAUGAUGCGAAAUGUUCCAUGUCGAAUUAUCCAUCCAUGGCAGCAUUUGGGAUUGUCCAAAUUAUACUCAGCCAGAUCCCUAAUUUCCACAAACUCUCUUUCCUCUCCAUCAUCGCCACCGUUAUGUCCUUCUGUUAUGCGUCUAUCGGAAUCGGCUUAUCCAUCGCCAGAGCCGAUACAUUGAAAUCAACCCCACCGGAGAACAAAGUGAUGAAAAAAGCAAGCCUUGCUGGAGUCUCCACGACAACUGUUUUCUAUAUCUUAUGUGGUGGCAUCGGAUAUGUUGCAUUCGGAAACAAAGCCCCUGGUGACCUCCUUACAGACUUUGGUUUUUAUGAACCUUACUGGCUCAUCGAUUUUGCCAAUGCGUGCAUCGUUCUCCACCUAAUUGCAGCUUAUCAGGUGUUUGCGCAACCAAUUUUCCAGUUUGUUGAGAAGAAAUGCAACAAAAAGUGGCCAGAAAGCAUUUUCAUCACCAGUGAACAUUCAAUGAAUAUACCAUUGAUUGGAAAAUGUCGUGUCAACCUCUUCAGACUAUUGUGGAGGACAUCCUAUGUGGUUUUGACAACAGUUGUAGCAAUGAUAUUCCCCUUCUUCAAUGCAAUCUUGGGUUUGCUCGGGGCACUCGCGUUCUGGCCACUCACAGUUUAUUUUCCGGUGGCAAUGCACAUUGAGCAGGCAGAGGUUAAGAAGUAUUCUCUUAGAUGGAUAGGGCUGAAACUCCUUGUAUCGCUUUGUUUGAUUGUUUCACUCCUAGCCACAAUAGGAUCCAUUGUCGGCUUGAUAACUAGUGUCAAGGCAUACAAGCCUUUCAACAAUUAAUAUUAGUAUACUGUACAUGUGAUCUAUAUGAGUUUUGUGAGAACUGAGUAUUACUUCUCUCAAGAAAAAUAGUUAAUAACGUAAUAAAGUAUAUAGUGUUCU